AUGGAUAUUCAUGUUCUUCAAAGCCAGCCCGCCCAGAAGGUCGCGUUUAAAGACUCUUCCACGGUUCGUGUGGGUAAUAAACUUGAUGGCAAUAAGCCACCCACCCAGCCCUCUGCUAUGCGACCCAGGCAUUUGGUCCGCGGCGGGUUCCAGCCGCGCCUUCCGACUUCGCUGCCGCCCCCAGGGCAGCAGCAGCAGCCGUCGCCGCUACCACGCCAACAGCCCGUCCCGUUGAUGCCUCCCGCGCAGCUUCAUCCGGGAGCGCCCCAGGUGGUCGCUCCGGCGCCUGCGGUCCCUCUUCAGUCGCCACCGUCUUCGGAGCUGAUGGACGUCGACCCUUCAGCCGGGCCGCCUUCCCAAGCGGUGGCUGUACAGCCUGUCCUGCAGCCGCUUUCCUUGGGCACCCCCAAGGAGUCUGACACCGCAGCGUCUUGUCCGGCGCCCACUCAGCAGCCGUCGCCGCAGCGUCAGGAGACGCUGCCUCUCUUCGUGGGUCCCGACGCCCCGUCGCGGCCAGUACCAGAACCUGCGCCCGUGGUCACAGCUGCAGGUACCUGCCGCCUGUCCCACACACCACCUCGCUGUCUACCGAAGACGAAUCACCCUCUUCACGACUCCAAGGAGGAACAUCUACAGACACCAGGAGCGACCAGCGCCCAGGAGUUCCGCAAUGAGGCAGUGCCGCCGAAGCAUGUCUACACCUACAUACAUACUCCGAUGACGACUGAAGAGCAUGAAGGACCGUACUUAGUAGGAUACAACAUGUAA